AUGUUUUGGACUAAACUUUGGCCUAUUUACAUAUUACCUUUGUUUGUCUUUGCAUUCUCUGCAAUCGUUGUUCUUCAUACCUUGAGGAAACGGACUGUACGCGAUGAGGAACCUCAAAUUCCACUUAGAAGUCACGGUUUGCUAUCGGGUCUUAUCAAUACCUUUGAGCUCAUAUUUCGUGCCAGAAAAUUUAUGAUGAAGACUAGUCGACAUAAUGGUGCUUUUGUGCCAAACAAGGUGCCACUCCUGUUCGGCAAUAUUUAUCUCAUUCGUGGCCCCGAGAGUCUCGAAACGUUAUGGAAAUUAUCGGGACACUCGAGCUCUACAGAGCUGCAUGGGUUCUAUUUUGGUCGAAUCUUUGGAAUGCCAGGCAAGGCGGAAUCCCUCUACGCAAACGAUGACUCCGGUUUCGCAUCAAAGCCGCACCCGGCUAGCAAUGUACAUCCUAAUAGUCGCAUCGAUUAUAUCACGCAUCAGGUUUUGAAGGAAUUUCUGCUUAGCGAUGCUUCUAUGGAGCUGGCCCCACGCUUUCUGGCACGCAUCCAAAGUCGCUUCGCAGAGAUUCACAUUGGCUAUCAGUGGUCAGAAAAAGAAGACUUGUUGGGGUUUCUCGAAAUGGAACUAUUGAAAGCAAACAUGGAGAUAUCUCAUCAUAUGUACGGAUUUUAUCGCCCCUUUCCGAAAUGGACAAUCCGAAAGGCUCAUGCCGCCCGAGCUAGAAUACUCGCCGCGUUGAAGGAAUGGCAGAUGCGCGUUGUCAAAGGGGAAAUGACCGACAAGAAUGUCUACUGGACAGCAACAAAAGUCAAGAAAUGGCACGCGAAAUUUCUAGCUCUUAAUGGAUUUGACGAUGAUACGAUAGCGAGUUUAUAUCUCGGAAUCAUUUGGGUCUCAAACUACAAUUUCAUCAUUUCGAUCUUUUGGAUGGUUUUAGAAACCUAUCGAUGCCCUUCCCUGCUUACGGUUGUAAAAGAGCCGCUCUCGCAGAUCUCGGCGCAAUUGAUCAUGAACGAGCCCUCUCAGUUUGCACUUAUUCAGUCAAUAUACGCUGAAACACUACGACUUAGAACUGAAGCUUACAUAACGCGUCGAUUUCCUCACAGGUCAGUCGAACUUGGAAAGAAGUGGGUCAUCCCCCGUAACAAGAUCUGUCUGGCCUCUACUCAUCCAGCACACCAAGACAACGAUGUCUGGAAUACCUACGACGGACUGUAUCCUCUGAACACCUUUUGGGCAGAGCGCUUUCUCGUACACCAUCACGAUCCCCUCAGUGGACCCCUAAAUCCAGCAUAUCGAGAUACUCUCUGA